GCCGCGGCUCCCACAAUGCUCACGUAGCCCGGCUUCAGCUCCUGUGGCGGCGGCGGCGGCGGCUUCAAGAUGGCGCAGACGAUCUUCGAAGCCCUGGAGGGAAUGGACAAUCAGACCGUCCUGGCUGUCCAGUCGUUGUUGGAUGGCCAAGGAGCAGUCCCUGAUCCAACAGGACAGAGCGUCAACGCACCCCCUGCUAUCCAGCCACUGGAUGAUGAAGAUGUCUUUCUUUGCGGGAAAUGUAAGAAGCAGUUCAACUCACUGCCGGCAUUUAUGACCCACAAGCGGGAGCAAUGCCAGGGGAAUGCCCCGCCCUUGGCCACAGUCUCUUUGGCCACCAACAGCAUCUACACGCCUUCGGCAGCACCCACAGCAGUUCAGCAGGCCCCGCCUCCUGCAAAUCGCCAGAUCUCUACGUACAUCACAGUGCCCCCGUCUCCACUGAUCCAGACCUUGGUGCAGGGGAACAUCUUGGUGAGCGACGACAUGCUCAUGUCUGCUAUGUCGGCUUUCACAUCCCUGGACCAGCCCAUGCCGCAGGGCCCCCCACCUGUGCAGAGCAGCCUGAGCAUGCAUUCUGCACCCAGCUACCUCGCCCAGCCUCCACCACCCCCUCCACCACCUCCAUCACUGCCUCCGCCCCCACCACCCCAACCCCCACCACCCCCGCCUCAGAGCCUGGGUCCCCCUGGGCGUCCCAACCCCAGUGGGACCGGUGUGGUGGAGGUGUACAGUGCCACGGCACCCCUGGCUGGCAGCGGAACAGUGGAGAUCCAGGCGUUGGGAAUGCCGCCCUACCCACCCCUCGAGGUGCCAAACCAGUGUGUGGAGGCUCCAGUGUACUCCACCCCCACAGUGUACAGCCCCGGCAAACAGGGAUUCAAACCAAAAGGACCCGACCCCACUGCGCCCAUGACCAGUGCCACUGGGGGCACGGUGGCCACCUUUGACUCCCCACCAGUGCUGAAGACCCGACGGGCUAAAGGUGCCAGUGGACUCCCAGAAGCUGCAGAGAAGCCAAAGGCACAGAAACUCAAGUGCUCAUACUGUGACAAGUCAUUCACCAAAAACUUUGACCUGCAGCAGCACAUCCGAAGCCACACUGGUGAGAAGCCCUUCCAGUGCAUUGCCUGUGGCCGUGCCUUUGCCCAGAAGUCCAACGUCAAGAAACACAUGCAGACUCACAAGGUGUGGCCUCCAGGGCGCAGUGGUGGUACCGUCUCUCGCAACUCCGUGACUGUACAGGUCAUGGCCCUGAACCCCAGCCAGCAGGAGGAUGAGGAAAGCACAGGGAUGGGCCAGACGCUGUCAAGUGCCCCACAGCCCCAGGCUUUGCCCACAGCAGGAGAGGAAGAGGGGGACAAGCUGGAGGCCAAGCAGGUGGUCCUCAUUGAUAGCUCCUACCUGUGCCAGUUCUGCCCCAGCAAGUUCAGCACUUACUUCCAGCUCAAGUCCCACAUGACCCAGCAUAAAAAUGAACAGGUGUACAAGUGUGUGGUCAAAAGCUGCGCCCAGACGUUCCCAAAGCUCGACACGUUUCUGGAGCACAUCAAGAGCCACCAGGAGGAGUUGAGCUACCGCUGCCAUCUCUGCGGCAAGGACUUCCCCUCGCUGUACGACCUGGGCGUGCACCAGUACUCCCACAGCCUCCUGCCACAGCACAGCCCCAAGAAGGACAGCACGGUCUACAAAUGUGUCAAAUGUGUCAACAAAUAUUCUACCCCUGAGGCCCUGGAACAUCACCUGCAGACUGCCACUCACAACUUCCCCUGCCCGCACUGCCAAAAGGUGUUUACUUGCGAGCGCUACCUGCGGCGUCACCUGCCCACACAUGGCAGUGGGGGCAGGUUCAAGUGCCAGGUGUGCAAGAAGUUCUUCAGGCGGGAGCACUACCUCAAACUGCAUGCUCACAUCCACUCAGGUGAGAAACCUUACAAAUGCUCAGUGUGUGAGUCUGCAUUCAACCGCAAAGACAAACUGAAGAGACACAUGUUGAUCCAUGAGCCAUUCAAGAAAUACAAAUGCCCCUUCUCGACACACACAGGCUGCAGUAAGGAGUUCAACCGGCCAGAUAAGCUGAAGGCUCAUAUCCUCUCCCACUCUGGCAUGAAGCUCCACAAGUGUGCCCUGUGCAGCAAGUCCUUCAGCCGUCGUGCCCAUCUUGCUGAGCACCAGCGCGCCCACACAGGCAACUACAAGUUCCGCUGUGCUGGCUGCGCCAAGGGCUUUUCCCGCCACAAAUACCUCAAGGAUCACCGCUGUCGCCUCGGCCCCCAAAAGGAUAAGGACCUGCAAGCCCGACGACCCUCCCGGAGGAGGUCGGCUCCCCGCAGUGGCAGCAGUGGUGGGCACAAGGUGGUGGCCCCUGUGCCUGACCCACUGGGGCUGGAGGAGUUGAAGGACACAGGGGCUGGGGCAAUGCCUGAGGCUGUCCCAGGCAAGCCACCCUUCUCCGAGCCGGAUGCCGUGCUGUCUAUUGUAGUGGGUGGCACGGUGGGCAGUGAACCUGAGCUGGUAGUGCCUGGGCAUGCUGAAGGCCUGGGCCCCAACCUGGCACUGGCAGAGCUGCAGGCAGGGGCCGAUGGCCCCUGUGCCAUGCUUGCUGUGCCUGUCUACAUCCAGGCCUCGGAGUGAGGGACCCGUGGUGUCUGCUCUGUGGCCCAGCCUGAUGCUCGCCUUUGGGUCUACAGCCUCUGAGGGCAGACUAGACAUCCUUCCCUGUGGAAGCGAGCUGUCCGCUCGGCGGAAAACCUCUCAGAAUGUCACUUAUAAACCCUGGCCCAUGACCACCCUGCUGUAUCCCCUAUCCUUCUGGAAAGCUCUGUAGCGUUCUGGGUCCUGGGGCAGGGCUGCCUGUUGCUUCCAGGCAGGGGUGAUGGCAAGACAGAUGGCUGAGCCUGAGUGGCCCAUGGUCUGGCUGGGUCCAGGCUUGUGGUUAGGCUGCCUAACAGAGAAGACAGGCUAGUCCUGCCACCUGCUCUGGGCUGCCUUAGGGGUAGCCCAGCGUGGUCAGGGCCAGUAUCUGCUGUACCUUUUUACAUCCGGCUACUCACAGCAUCCCCAGAUGAAUCUGUGAUAUAGGCAUUUAGGAGGCACUCAAAUGUUGUGGUGAGUGUGCAGCAUCAGUCUAAUCUGGUUUCAAAUCCAAGUGCUAUCACUCACUUGCUUUGUGACCUUGGGUAAGUCUCUUCACCUCUCUAAGCCCUGUGUUCCUCAUCUGUGCAAUGAGGCUUAUGACAAUACUACCUCAUAGGGCUGUCAUGAGGAUCUGGUCUGAUGAAAUAAGUAAAGGAUUCACAAUAGUGCCUGGCACUUGGAAAGUGCCUAAUAAAUGUUUUUAUCAAAAUGCGUAUCCACAUGGCUCAUGCUGUGGCUUCGGCAGUCCCUAUGUGGCAGCAUUCUCCCCUCCGAAGUGUGUGGGGGCUGAGGGCUCCAUGGACCCUCGCACAGCACUGUGCUGCCCCAUAGCCAUGAAGAGGUUUUGUGUUCCCAGAGUGACGAUUUCCGAACAUAGCCCUUAGGAACACGCAGCAGAAGGAGUUUCUACUCACUUUUGAGAAUGCAGGGUCCUGGGCCUCACUCUCAAACCCUUUGGAAUCAGAAACACUGACUAGAGCCAGAGGUCCAUCUUGAGCAGGCCUCUGGAUGGCCACAGGUGCCCCUGCAUCCAGCAUUCCCUCCCCCAUCCGCGUCAGUCCAGGGGGAAGCAAACUAGGGUCGUUGGGAGGCAGGGAGAGAAAGAAGGGGCCUUGGCUGAGUUCCCUCACUUAUUUUCACAACCACCCUUCUGGGCCAUCCUCCCUCAGUUAUAAGAGAGGAAACUGAGGCUCAAGACUAAACAGGGCUCAGUGUUGGAGAACUGUUUGGCUCAGUUUGAUAACUGAGUUUCCUUAAAAGCUGACACACCCCUCUCACAUCUGUGCCAGGGCCCUUCGCCACAUCCUCAGGAAGCGUAGGAUGCAGUGGGAGGGACAAAUGAGGCAGUAGUGCACAGCAGAGGGGGUGAGGGCUUUUAAUGUAUCCUGCCCGCAUAAAAGCUAGGAGAGGGAUUGAUGGAGACAGGACGGCUCUUUGGAGGAAGUAACAUUUGAGCUGGGCCUUCAUACAGAGUGUUUGAACUCAUGGGUAGUUAGGGGAAGGCAAGGUAUGAGCCAUGACUUCAAGUUGUGACAAUGUAAGGCCUAUCGUAUUCCAGUGCCAGUGAAUGGUCUAGGUGACCAGAGAUUUGGAUGCAGUGGGUAGAUCAUGAUAAUCGCUGUUCCAUUCAAGUCUCCACAUGGACAUGGGCACUAUACUAAGUCUUUUAUUUCAUAUUACCUCAGCCCCAUUAGGUGAGAAUUGUUACUUUUCUUAUUUUACAGAUGAGGAAGCAGAGGCACAGAAAGGCAAAGUUCUUUGCCCAAGCUCAUACAGCUAGUAAGUCACAGAACUGGCAUUCGGGCUGGGGAGGUCU